AUGUCCAACGAUAGCAAGUACAAGUAUAGAAUAGAGAUACAACAGAUGAUGUUUGUCUCAGGGGAGUCCAACGACCCCCCAGUGGAAACGACAUCAUUGAUUGAGGACAUUGUUCGAGGUCAAGUUAUUGAGAUAUUAGUACAAACCACCAAGACCGCCAACAGCAGAGGGUCCAAAAGUAUAGCACCGGAGGAUGUCAUUUUCCUCAUCCGCCACGAUAAAGCCAAGGUCAAUCGAUUGCGUACCUACUUAUCAUGGAAAGAUGUUCGAAAGAAUGCAAAAGAUCAAGAAGGUGGAGGUACUGAGUCAUUGCUUGAAGGAGGCGCUGAUGGAGUAGCCGGUGGUCUGGGUGAUUCGAAACUGCAACAAAACUCAAACGACUCAAAGAUGUUAUCACGAUACAAAAAGUCCAAAAUCAGGCUUCCUUGGGAAUUACAAUUUAUGUUUAGUGAACAGCAUUUAGAGACUAAUGAUGAUAAUGAACAAGUGGACGAAGAAGAGAAAGCAGCCACUAUUGCUUCUUUGAAAAGAUUGAAGAUGGCAGAUGAUAGAACGAAGAAUAUGACAAGGGAGGAGUACGUUCAUUGGUCGGAAUGUAGGCAAGCUUCUUUUACAUUCAGGAAGGCAAAGCGGUUUAGAGAAUGGGCAAAUAUGACACAACUAUGUGAUACAAGACCCAAUGAUGAUGUUAUUGAUAUAUUGGGAUUCUUGACAUUCGAAAUCGUGUGCUCUUUAACUGAGGAGGCUAUGAAUAUAAAGAAUUCCGAGGAUAAGUUGAAUCAAAUCCAAAAGGAGAAAAACAUGGAACGAGAGAAACAACCGAAAAAGAGAAAGUACUUGUUUGAUAGACCCGAUGAAUUGGCUAGUCCCAUAAUGCCAUAUCACAUAGAGGAGGCAUGGAGAAGAUUACAAAAAACCGACUUUAAGCAUAAAGCGGGGAGAUCAUUUGGCGGGGGAAUGGUUAAAACGCGAACUAGACUUAUUUAG